AUGAGGAAUAGAGAUUACCAUAAAAAGAAAGCCAUUAGAUUUAAAUCAUCAAUUCACUGGGAUAAAUACAAAUCCUUACGGAACAGAGUAAAUAAGCAAAUGCGUAAAAGCAAAAUUGACUUUUAUCACAAAGAGAUAGGGGACUGUACAUAUUCAAAUGAUUUCAAAAAAAUUUGGUCCCUUAUAAAUUCCCUUACUGGAAGGAAUAACAAAUCUUCCAGUAUUACAGAAAUAUCUGUGAAUGACAACAGCAUUACCGAUUCUAUAUUAAUCGCUGAAAAGUUUAAUGAAUAUUUUGUUAACAUUGGCCCAAGCCUAGCUUCUGAAACUAGUGAAGAGCCUGAAGCUGGUGAAGAGCCUCUUACUCAACACACUACGAAUAGCUACAAUAAUUCCAAUCCCACAACAGAUACGAUAUUCCAUUUCCAUCGUAUUGAUGAAGAAAACGUUUUUCUGGCAUUAAUGAACCUCAAGAUAAACAAAUCUACUGGCCUUGAUAAAAUUGCAGCCAAUGUUCUCAGACUCUCUGCAGAUAUUAUUGCUCCGUCAUUAACAUAUAUAUUUAAUUUAUCACUUGACACUGGUCAUUCCAAUUUACAAAUCUGA